AUGAAGCGUUUCGGCGUCUUUGCAACCGCUGUAGCUGCCUUGGCUGGUUUGACUACAGCUCAAGUCGGCCCUCUGUCAACCGACGGACGUCCGACAACUUACUAUCCUCAGAAUUUCACUCAGCUGAUUGACCACUACCCGCACAGCCCUCGCUAUGCUCCCAAUGAUGUUAAUGGCACUUUCACCCAAAGGUAUUUCAUCGACAACACCUAUUAUGAACCCGGUGGACCCAUAUUUCUGUACAUUGGAGGCGAGACUUCCGGCGAGUCCCGCUUUUCCAAUCUUCAGACAGGAAUCAUCCAGAUCCUGAUGAACGCCACCAAUGGCCUUGGUAUCAUCCUGGAAAACAGAUACUACGGAGAGAGCUGGCCAUACGAGAACUCAAGCACAGACAAUCUACGAUAUCUGACGACUGAACAGACAAUUGCCGACAACGCCUACUUUGCCCAAAAUGUCGUCUUGCCGGCUAAUAUUACCAAUGGAGCUAAUCUUUCUGCACCCGGGACGCCGUGGAUUUUGUACGGCGGCAGUCUUGCGGGAGCACAGACGGCGUUCUCACUUGUUGAGUACUCGGGACUGCUUUGGGGUGGGAUUGCCGCAUCUGGUGUCAUACAUGCCGUUCAUGGGUAUCCCGAGUGGUACAACCCAAUCCAGAAGAACGGCCCUUCAGAUUGCAUUACUAGGAUCAACAAUAUCGUUGACAAGAUGGACUCUUUGAUCCGAGCAAACAAUGCUCAGGCUAUUCAGCAGCUGAAGGAGAUUUUUGGGCUUGGUUCAUUGAGCAGUCUGGCAGACUUUGCCAUGACGAUCGCGUUUCCAUUAGGAGGGCCGGACAACUAUCCCUGGAUAUUUUUGCCCCUCCCUCUGCUGGUGCCUUUGCUAAUUACAUGGCAAGAACUCAACUGGUAUCCAGUCUACGAUGCCCCAGACUUCUUCGACUUCUGCAACAACAUUACAGACCUGAACGCCCCUGCGAAUAUUACGGCUGUGGACACCCAGUUAUCGAAUUACACCAACGGAUCCGCUUGGACGGGUCUGGGCGCGUACGCAAACUAUGUAAAGAACGUGAUUGUCUCGACUUGUCCAAGUGAAGAUCUGAUCGACACAACUACAUGUUUCUCAACUCAGAAUGAGACAUACUGGGCUGAUGUUACGAACUCAGCGUUACGGUCGUACACCUACAGCACUUGCAUCGAGCAAGGCGCCUACCAGCUUCCGCAGCCCUACGGCACCCCGUCCCUUCUAUCCCGCGCAAUCGAUCUCAAUUAUACCCAGCAGUGGUGUACGUGGGCUUUUAGCCAAUAUGCGAGCUCGCCUCAGGCUGUUCCUUCGCCUUCUGGACCCAAUUUAACAUGGUACAACAAAUACGGGGACUUCAACCUGAGCGCUCCAAGGCUAGCGCUCAUCGACGGCGGCAGCGAUGUCUGGAGGGACGUCUGCUAUCAUGGGCAUAACGCCAGUACCCGGUACGGUGAGCAGCAGAUGCUUAUCACUGGCGGAGGCCAUCAUUGGGACAGCUACGGAAUAUUGAAUCUCACUCUUGAGCCCGACUUCAUCAGGGCAGCCCAUCAAUGGGAGAUCAGGCACGUCUUGACAUGGAUGCAAGAGUGGAACCAAACUCAAAGCAGCAAGAGGAAGAGAGAUGAGCUAUAG